AUGAACGAGUCGCUGGUGGUGAACGACUCCUCAGCGACUCCCGGGGCUGGGGAAGCUCUCCCCUGGAUGGAGGCUGAGUCUUCGGACCGCAACGGCAGCCUGGAGUUCUCCACCGCCCCCUAUGACUUCGCCAUCAACCCGUGGGACAUCAUGCUCUGCAUGUCGGGCACCGUCAUCGCCUGUGAAAACGCCAUAGUGGUAGCAAUCAUCUUCUACACGCCCACGCUGAGGACUCCCAUGUUCGUGCUGAUCGGGAGCCUGGCCACGGCGGACCUGCUGGCCGGCAUGGGAUUAAUCCUGAACUUUGUGUUUCAGUACGUUAUCCCCUCUGAGACUAUCAGCCUGGUGACGGUGGGCUUCUUGGUGGCCUCCUUCACCGCGUCCAUCAGCAGCCUUUUAGCCAUCACCGUGGACCGAUACUUCUCCCUCUACAACGCCCUGACGUACUUCUCGGAGAAGACGCUGCAGUACGUCCACCUGAUGCUGCUCGGCACCUGGGGGGUGUCUCUGUUCCUGGGCCUGCUGCCGGUGCUCGGCUGGAACUGCCUGGACGAGCCGGCCUCCUGCAGCAUCGUCCGACCUCUGACCCGGAGCAACGUCAUGCUCCUGGCCACCUCCUUCUUCGCCAUCUUCGUGCUCAUGCUCACCCUCUACUUCAAGAUCUGCAAGAUCGUGUGCCACCACGCCCACCAGAUCGCCCUCCAGCAGCACUUUUUCGCCACGUCGCACUACGUCGCCACCAAGAAAGGGGUGUCCACUCUGGCCAUCAUCUUGGGGACUUUUGGCGCCAGCUGGCUCCCCUUCGCCAUCUACUGUCUGGUGGGCGAGAGGGGCUAUCCGUCGGUGUACACGUACGCCACGCUGCUGCCGGCCACCUACAACUCCAUGAUCAACCCGAUCAUCUACGCCUACAGAAACACAGAGAUCCAGCGCUCCAUCUACAUGCUGCUCUGUGGCUGCUUUCAGGCCAACGGGGCGUACAGGUCCAGGUCGCCAAGCGAGGUCUGA